UAUUUUACAUAUAUAUAUAUAUAUUAUUAAUUUAUCAUGAGGAAGAAGAUAGUUAUCUCAUUUCUGUUCCUAUUCUGCUUCUUUAUCUCUUCUACAUGUUUUUCAUCCCCGCUUUUAAUUUCAGAUGGUGUAUUUUUCAGCAGCAGCGCUGAUUCUUUUUAUUCUUCAUUUGGACGCGCUCUUCUUGAGAAAAAAAAAGCUUGCCCAGAGGACUUCAAAAACAUGAAUUACACAGUCAUAACCAGCCAAUGCAAAGAACCAUACGACAAUAAAACAUGUUGUGAUGCUUUUAAACACUUCACUUGCCCUUACGUCUCGGAAUUGAACGAUGAUGAAUAUGAUUGUGCGGAUACACUGUACAAGUACCUCCGUAGAAACUUUACACAAGGGUUUUUUGCUAAAGCAUGUAACUCAUCCCGAACUGCAGUUGGGGUCGAAUGCCCUGAUACAGCAAAUCCACCAGAAGCAGGAAGAAAAAGCGGGAAUGAUUCUAACAACAGCCGUAACAUCCGCAGCCCGUCUCUGUUGUUAACAUUAGCUAUGGGAUUUAUAAUAUUCUGAUAACAUUACAUGCACGUACGCAUGUGGGUAUCUACAUUCUACACGUUGUCAUAUAUUUCUUAUUUUCUAGUGUGUUGUUGCGUAUGCAUGAGUGGGUCAGAGAAGUGAACGUACGUGGGUAGUUUCAUGAUUCACAUGUUCUCCUUUUUUGUUGCUACUGUACUUUUAUGGAUCCUUGUUAAAUUGAAUGAAGUGUGGAUAAUUUUUUUCAAAA